UUCAGCUGUAAUAUUCUCUGGAAUGAUGACGUUCUGGUACAUGUAUUUCCAACCGACGAGUUCUGGCGUCUCUUCUCUCAGUUCAGUUUCUAAUAGAGGUAUCACAUUGCGUACAGCAGAGAGAAUCAGGAAUUCGACAAUUCAACACGUGACCUGGAUUGAGAAGCCAACGACGCCUGAUUUUCGCCUGGAAAAGAAAUGUACCCCGAAGGACCUUUUCAAACUAGGAAAACCGGGAUUUUUUUGAGAAUUUACCGAAUGAAUUUCUCCCGGGUUAUAAAGGCCCGUGUUUUGAAAUUAAAAAAGAAGGCAGGGAGGUGCUGCGCUGCCUGCCUCAUUUCUAUGUUAUUGGAGUUACGAAGUGUGGAACUACUGAGAUGUGGGCUAAACUGAGGUUACAUCCUCAAGUCUCCGUGUCUGGUGUUGUCAAGGAAUCCGAUUGGUGGUCGUGCAAGAGAACCCGUUCAGUGCCAUUCUCAACUUACCUGGAUUCAAGAUCAGCGAAUAUGGUAGAACGGUUUCAACAAAAUGACUCCCUGAAAAAUUGGCUUGUUACAGCUGAUGGAUCUCCGACAACUGUCUAUGAAUUUGAUAACUGGAGAAGGUUCUACGGCGAGAAUUAUGAUGGUCCGAAAUGUACUGCAGCGGACGUCCUUUUUGCGGCACACCCAAAGGCAAAGCUCAUCGUAACUCUUCGAGACCCGGUCUCAAGAUUGUAUUCUCAUUAUUGUCACUUCAAUAAUAAAGAAGGAUCUCCCCAACGAUUUCAUGAAGGGGUACUUGCGAAAAUUGAAAUAUAUAAAACAUGUCGGACUAAGCUGAGUGCACGUGCAUGUUCUUACACCAAUGAUGGAUUAGCGGGACCCAUGGCCAGCAAGAAUGGUUACUCCAAGUACUCUAACCAUGCUAACUAG